AACUGUAAUUAAUUUCCCAUCUAAACCCAAAAAAACUCUGAUUGUAUUUCCCUGUAAUUCACUAAAAUUAUUAAACCAUUUCUUGUCAAUUCGUAUACGUCAUAAUCACUGUCCAUACAAACAGUGAAAUACUUGUCUUUUCGUGUGCCUUUUUAUCUCUCUAAAUAAUUUUUUGGUCUAUUUAGAGAGACAAUCUUGUAUUUUAUUUCUCUACCCAUUUUCAAAUUUUCUAUCUUUAUACUUGUUAAUUGAUUUUUUGGCGUUUAAAUUGUGUUUAUUAAAGAAUUUUGGGAAUUGGGGUUUGUUAUUUUUUUCAUUUUUAUCUUAAAGGUCAUUCCUUUGUUGUUUGUAGUACUAUUUUUUUCUUCAACUGUAUAGAUUUUAAAGGUGUUUUUUGAUUGAUAAGCUUAAUUUUGAGGUUUUGCUAUCUGGGUUAUCUGGUGGUGCUGAAAAAUUUAAUCUAGAUUGAAAAAACUUGACUGCUUAUUCAAUUCCAGACAUAUAGUAAAGAUUUUUGUGGCUGUGGGAGCUAGAGGCUUUGCAGAAUUGUAUUACAGGAUGACAAUUGAAAGCCAUGCUCCGAAAAGGGAGAGGAAGUCGAGGAAGACGAAACCAGUUAAUGAGAAGGCUCCCUUGUUGCCUAAAAGCCAAGAAGAACAUGCUGGUUUUGAUGAGUUUGAUGGAGCUUCUUUUACAGGGGCUGUGUUCAAUUUAUCAACUACUAUAGUUGGUGCUGGAAUUAUGGCACUCCCUGCUACCAUGAAAGUGUUAGGCCUCGGCCUUGGGGUUGCUAUGAUCAUCUUUAUGGCCUUCUUGACCAAUGCUUCAAUUGAGUUGUUGCUUAGGUUUAGUAGGGCGGGGAAGUGUGCUUCGUAUGGAGGACUUAUGGGUGAUGCCUUUGGAAAGUAUGGGAAGAUUAUGUUGCAAGUUGCUGUUUUAGUUAACAACAUUGGUGUGCUCAUUGUAUAUAUGAUUAUCAUUGGUGAUGUGCUGUCUGGAACAUCUUCGGGUGGAGCUCACCAUUUCGGUGUGCUUGAGGGCUGGUUUGGAGAACACUGGUGGACUGCACGCACCUUUCUCCUCCUUGUCAUUACACUUGCUAUAUUUUCUCCACUUGCUUGCUUUAAGCGAAUUGAUUCUUUAAGCUUCACAUCAGCUUUAUCAGUUGCUCUAGCAGUUGUGUUUCUUGUAAUCACCAUGGGGAUCACAAUUGUCAAGUUGAUAAAUGGAAGUAUAAUGAUGCCCAGAUUAUUACCAGAUGUUACAGAUUUGACAUCUGUCUGGAAGCUCUUCACUGUAGUUCCUGUUCUUGUUACUGCAUAUAUCUGCCAUUACAAUGUUCACAGCAUAGAUAAUGAACUCACGGACUAUACUCAGAUAAAACCAGUUGUGCGAACUUCACUGGCUUUAUGCUCAACAGUUUACAUAAUGACCAGCAUUUUCGGAUUUCUUCUUUUUGGAGAUGGAACUCUUGACGAUGUGCUUGCCAACUUUGAUAAGGAUCUUGGCAUUCCUUACAGUUCAUUACUUAAUGAUGCCGUUCGUGUUAGUUAUGCUGCUCAUCUUAUGCUGGUAUUUCCAAUUGUAUUCUAUCCUUUACGACUCAACCUGGACGGCCUCCUAUUUCCCUCAGGGCGAUCUCUUUACCAAGACAAUACUAGGUUUGCAUCAAUCACCGUUGCUCUAAUCGGUGUGAUUUUCUUGGGCGCUAAUUUUAUUCCAAGCAUCUGGGAUGCUUUCCAAUUUACUGGAGCCACUGCUGCGGUUUGCCUUGGGUUCAUUUUUCCUGCUUCCAUCACACUUAGGGAUCGUCACAAUAUAGCAACAAAGAGGGACAAAAUCUUAUCUACUUUUAUGAUUGUGCUUGCCGUGUUCUCAAAUGCCAUCGCCAUCUACAGUGAUGCCUACGCCUUGAUUAAAAAGAGCACAUCACCUCGCGCAUGAUCUGUUAUGAACAAAGAGGAAGGUUACUCUUCUAGCGAAGAGUCCUCGAUUGGCGGAUAUUCUCAGUCGAAGUUGGAGUCCUCUGGGAAUGUGUAAUGAGUUGAAGGUCUGAAUAAUAUGAGACUCGGAUCACUGUAUAAAGUCAUUUUGCUGAAGAAGAUGAAGGUCUCUGAAACCCUUCUGAACCUCUUACCAUGUGUGUAUUGUUGUACUAGUAUGUGCUUUAUUUUGGGAUUGUUGUGUGGAUCUUUGUUGAUUUUAUAAGGAAAUCAUAAAAAUGAAGACAUAAAUUCGAAUUGUGCAA